AUGAAGAAGCAUGACAAUUCGACCCAUCGUAUAAUAAAUAGCGCCUUUUUGAAAUUCGGACCUACACGGGAAAUGCUUACCAGACAUUCGCUGUUGAUUGCCAGCAUUUUUAUCUGGUUUCUUGUGUCGCAAAGCAAAGCGGUUGUCAACCAAACAUGCGCCGUCUUUCGACAGUAUCAGAAAACUUUUUACAGCAUAGAAAAUGGACGGGAAACGACCACGCAUAUAAUGGCAUCAGAAAUCAUGCAAGAUGUCGGCAGGCUUGAUGGUACCUGCUAUCAAAUUUUGAAUAUCACAACAAUGGAAACUGCGAAAAUAGACUCGAUGAAAAUCGUGUAUAAAAACAAAACAAAUGAUUGCUAUUUUUGCUAUGAACUUAUAUCUCGUAGUGAGAAUGUCAUUCAGUAUCGACGAAGCCAAUGUCAACCAAUCCAAUCGGGUGCUCCAACGUCGUCCAUAUGUGACCUGAUUACGGGUGUUGAACUUGAAACUGGCUUUGUGAAGGCGAGACAAGAUUACUCAGACUUCAACUGCAAGAGUAUAAUCGAAGGCGUAUAUUCAUUCGAAUAUCGCAUUGUUGGCAGUACAGGAAUGUGUAGAAGUCCGAAUAGCAUUCUGAAGGCUUGCCAGCGCCAGGGCUCCCCUCUGCGAGACAAUUCAGUUUAUGAACAAACAUUUGGAUACUGCCCAAAUUUCCUGGAAAAGUCGGUUCUAGAGGAACCAAAUAUUGUUUACGGAAAAGCCACUUUGUGGCGAUGCUACGCAAGAUGGGUUGAUGAUGAGGGUACAGUGUGGGCCGCUGUUGAAUACGAUACUAACAUGCUCAAAUUUAAGUACCGCUGUCUUACCACAAGAAUAGACCAACAGAAUCGACAAGAUAUUAUACAGUGGGGUAUGACUGUGGAUGCGGACUGCAAAAACCUUAAAGACUACUUCAGCGCACCAAUUCGUUUGGUUCUCGAGCCAGCUUUCGAUACAGCAACACAGCUUAUCGAAAUGCAACCUAGUUGUAAACUUCCAACCAACAUCAGCGGCGACUGGUUCUACCCGAGUGAAUAUCAAACCUCGGUGAAGAUUAACUCGACCCAUAUUUACAUGCGUCGACGCAGAGACUCCUACACUUUUGAGGAUAUAUACUUCGUGUGCCGCCAACAACAGCUUUCUCGUUAUCUGAUGGCUGUGGUAACCAAAGGCCAAUGGUAG